AUGUACUAUUUUAAAAUAGAAGGAGUAAUAUUUAAGAUUCUACCAAAUUCCUCUUACAUAAUAAACCGUUGAUUCCUAAACUAACAAUGACUUGUGGGGGCCUUAAUCGAAUCUGCGGAAAACAAGUUAACAGAAAGAAAAAAAAAAAACUAAAUAUUGACUUUCUUACAGUCAAAUAGAUUCGUGGGAAUUUGUUAAACAGCGACUACAGAACAGCGUAGGAUGUGACACGUGUCACAAUCUGGAAGAUAACAGAGAAAACAAACAUUCCCUGAUUAAAAUCCAAAAACCAAACCUCACAGAGGGAUCCAACGAAGAACUAAUAAUGGCGGCGGUUUUUCUCUUUGCUUGCUUUCUCGUAUUGUCUCUGUCUCCCAAUUAACGACUCUUUUUUGGUUUCGGCGAUUCGGAGACGUGUAAUUGAGAUGGGUUUACAUUUACUAAUGGAGGAUGAUGAUGAUGAUCAUAACGAGGUUUUGAUUCCGCCGAAGAAUUUCUGGAAGGUGGAAGAUGGAAUAUACCGAUCUGGGUUUCCUCAGCUCGAGAACUUCAGUUUUUUAUCAACUCUCAAUCUUAAAUCCAUCAUGUAAAGAUUCUCUCUUUGAUUCUGAUUCUCCUUUGAGCAUUAGAAACAAAAAAAAGAAUCUUUGACUCUGCCCAUCGUUUUCCUUGUUUUAUUUUCCUUGAAACACUUUUAUUUAAUUACAAAACAUGAUCCUCCAACUCCUAUGCCAAAGGAUACAGUCUUGAGUGCUCUUAGAGUACUUGUUGAUGUUAGAAAUCAUCCAGUUCUCAUCCACUGUAAGCAAGGAAAGCAUAGGACAGGUUGUCUUGUGGGAUGCUUGAGGAAAGUGCAGAACUGGUGCUUAUCAUCUGUUCUUGAGGAAUACCAGAAGUGUGCCGGUUUGAAGUGGAGACAAAGAGAUUUAAGGUUCAUUGAGGAUUUCGAUGUGCUUGGAUUAAGGCAGUGUCUGUACAGCAUAAUCUAUCAGUACAAUGGCUAUGGUCUCAAGAGGAGAAAGCUGAUGUACCAAGAAGAGAAUGUUGUCCAAGAACAGCAUAAACCUCAAGCCACCAAAGGGUGACAAGACGCUUCAAAUCGAAUUGAUUUUUUUUUCUUCUAGAUAUUGAUUCUUUACAUCUGUUGUGAUGAUGAUGAUGAUUCUUUUGAGUUUAGAAUUAGUUGUUAAAACCUUGAGAAAAACAGAGGAUUUGAUUUGGUCUUUUUUUUAAGAGCCAGGGAAAGUUACAGAUGGAUUCUUAAGAAAAGAACAACAC